AGCGGGAAGGAGGCGUCCGUCGAAUUUUUGCUUGCCAGCCCGCGAGACUUGAGGAGUGGCCCUUCUUGAGCGUGCAGCCCCACAGAGCGCGGCCUCCGCUGCAGUCGGCACCGCUGCCCCCGGGGGGCCAUGGGCCGCAUCUCGGGGCUCGUGCCCUCUCGCUUCCUGACGCUCCUGGCGCAUCUGGUGGUCGUCAUCACCUUGUUCUGGUCCCGGGACAGCAACAUCCAGGCCUGCCUGCCUCUCACGUUCACCCAGGAGGAGUAUGAGAAGCAGGACUUUCAGCUGGUGGUAGCGCUGUCCGUCACCCUGGGCCUCUUUGCUGUGGAGCUGGCGGGUUUCUUCUCCGGAGUUUCCAUGUUCAACAGCACUCAGAGCCUCAUCUCCAUUGGGGCUCACUGUAGUGCAUCUGUGGCCCUGUCCUUUUUCAUAUUCGAGCGUUGGGAGUGCACCACGUACUGGUACAUUUUUGUCUUCUGCAGUGCCCUCCCAGCUAUCACUGAAAUGGCAUUAUUCGUCAGCGUCUUUGGGCUAAAAAAGAAACCUUUCUGAUACCUUCAUGACGGGAGCAUAGGAUUGAAGGUUGGAGGAUCAAGGGACCACUCACCAUUCACGGAACAAGAAAGGCCGUCUGCAGUCCUCCGCCUACUGCAUUUGGUGGAGGAUGUCAGUGUUCCUGUUAGGGUAAUUAUCACUCGAGUCUGGGAUGAUCAGCGUUUUAUUUAGUACUUUGUAAUAAAAUAUACUUUAGAGUAAGAUCAAGACUUACAAAACGUUUAGGGGAGAAUUGGGGUGGACAAACUACUAAAGAAAUGGAAGGCUGGGGCGCCUGGGUGGCUCAGUCUUUAAGAAUCUAUCUGCCUUCGGCUCAAGUCAUGAUCCCAGAGUCCGGGGAUCGGGCCCGCAUCGAGCUCCCUGCUCCGUGGGAGGCCUGCUUCUCCCUCUCCCACUCCCCCUGCUUGUGUUCCCUCUCUCGCUGUGUCUCUCUGUCAAAUAAAUAAAUAAAUAAUUUAAAAAAGAAAAAGAAGAAAGAAAGAAACGGAAGGCUGUUUUACAGCCUUGCAGACUGUAAGAUCCUGGGUUUCGCUUUUAUUUUGGUCAUUACGGUAGCGUCUGGCGGCAGGAAGUAGGCGGGGAUAUGUAAAUAUGAGUGGUGUCUGCCGUUAGGGUGCCAAACUCCUGAGUGGGGCAUUCUGGGAGGGAUUAGUUUAUGGGUUUUUUGGCAGCCAGUUGAGGGGGGAAUGUUUUUUAAUAUCUGUAAAUACAUAUAGCAAUAAAAUGGAAGACCCUCGAUAACUUCAGUUGCUGGGGCUAGCGCGUUAUUUACUCACCCUAGCCGUUAGCGGCAUCGUUCGCCCUGAGUAAGGAAUACGCAGGGGUGGGGUUUUGUCGUCAGGUAGGAUAAUCCUUACCUGUUCCUCCUUCCGGAGGGCAGAUCGGAAUAUGAUGAUUGGAGCUUGCAUGAUACGUGAUUAGCGUCUCUGCGUGGCCGGGACUUGCAACACCCCGGUCGCUCCUGUCUGAUUCUG